UAUUCGAAAAAAAUGUAAUGAGUCAUGUCUUGAGGAUGGUAAACAAGUUAUAUGUAAAGUUAGUUGGGAAUGUGGUUGUGCUGGUAAUUACCAGCCCAAAAAGAUUUUAAAUCCGGAAGAGCAACGAAAUCUUGUCAAUUCACAUAACUAUCCAAUGUCACCCGCACCAUCAAUCACAAUUUCAAAUUACCGUAGAUUAGGUGAAGAUAUGCUAGAGUUCAUCGAUUUUUGCAUAACAUAUGGCACAACUGGGGCAAGAAACAUAGAGCAACUUCUAAAAG